GCCCGUUUCCAUCUUCACGGCGUUACAAGUACGUGGUUGUCGCCAUAGACUACCUCACCAAGUUUGCAGAAGUGAAACCUGUGAGAAAUAUCGAAGCGAAAACAAUCCAGCAUUUUAUCGAGAAGAGGCUUGUAUUGAAGCACGGCUGUCCGGCAGUGCUUAUCACCGACCGUGGGACUCAAAUGAUGGCAAAGUCGACAGAGGUGUUCCUUCGACACCGCGGGAUUAAGCACAGCCCGACGACUGCGUAUCAUCCUGCAGCUAACGGACUGUGCGAAAGAGCCAACAAGACGAUCAAACAAAUGAUGAUCCUGAUGACAGCGGAGGGAGAAAAAUGGGUCGACAUUCUUCCUUACGUGGUAUUUUGUUACAAUACUGGCUACCAGGAUUCCGUCAAACAGUCGCCCUUCUUCCUCGUCUACGGACGUGAUCCAGUGCUCCCGAUAGAUGUCGUUUUUAACCGUCAGGAACUCGCCGAACUGAAGGAUGCAGCAAAUUAUACUAGCCUGGUUCACGAGCGACUAGCCUGCGCCCGGAAACUGGCGGCGGUUAACAUCAAACUAGCCCAGGAGAAACAAAAGCAUUACUUCGACCACGGUCGCAAGGAUAUCGUCCUCGAAAAAGGCCAGCUGGUUCUCCUGAAGUCUCCACCUACAGGCAUCAACGGACCGAAGAAGUUCACAGGACCAUUUCGUAUCGCUGCAAGUCUUUCUCCGGUGAACUACGCAAUUGAGCCAGAAAACGGUACCUGGAGCGACGUCGUAUAUAUGGAAAAGUUAAAACCCUAUUUGAAGCCAAGUUCCUUGUACAGUUGA